CAGACAUGGAAGCACCUGGUGAAGACCUCCACAGAGGCUGAGCAGCGCACUCGCUCUUUCUCGCCGUGUGCUGCCCCCUUUGCCCCUUGCAUCCUGUUGAUUUCAAUCGGCCUGGCGUUUGUUUACACGUACGGCACUCAGAGGAUUGAUUUUUUCUUCUUCAGUUUGUACGGCAGCCAGCGAGAAUCCAAACUGAUGUGGAUCACCUGACUGAGUUAUAAAUAAGUUACGUUUUUCCUUAUUUGCCAAGCGGAAAGAAUGUCGGAAAGGGCCGAGGAUGACGUCAGGGGGGAGCAGCGCCGAGCAGCCAGGCAGCAGCUGAAGCAGCAGCAGCAGCCGAUCCAGCGGGGAGAAGGCUCCACAGCAAUGGCGACUGUUGCGGAGCGGAGAUCCUUACCGAGUCCAGAAAUAAUGGUGGGACAGCCUUGGAGCAGCUGGGUCGACGCCGCCAAACUCCACGGCAACGACGGUGCGGAAUUGGAGGAAAGUUUCAAAGACUUGGGGAAAAAUCGCGAAGCCAUGCGUUUGUGCAGAGAAGAUAUGCCUAUAUUUGGCCAGUAUCCCGCGCAAGAUGACUUCUACCUGGUGAUGUGCAGCCACUGUAGUCAAGUAGUCAAGCCCCAAGCCUUCCAAGCACAUUAUGAGAGAAGACACAAUUCUGCAGUCAAGUCGGCAUCCUCUUCGCCAUUCCCUUUGCCGGGAAGGAAUCGGAGUAGUAGCAGUGGACUUGGGCCUGGAAUUGCCUCAGCGUCUCUCACUGGAGUGACAAGUGGAGGGAUUGUUAAUCGAACCGCUACUGCUGGAUCUAACUUUUCUACCGCUGCAACAUCCUCCUCCUCCAGUCCCAAGAUACUUAAACCAGCCAAAGACAAGGUGUCAGGCAUCCAACGAAGACCGCCUUUUCCCCCAUUUAGGAUGCUACAGCCGGACAAGAUCCUCACCCCGGCUGUCAAGGUGGAGAAGAUGCAUCUGAAUGUGGACUCGUCAGCUAAGCUGGUCCAGGUCCCCCCUGCUCCCACCACCACCUCAUCAUCCUCCACAUCCUCCUCUAGCAUCACUGUGAGCUCCAACACUACCACCACCACCAUCACCACCUCCUCAUCUUCAGCCCUUAAAGCAGGCCUUAACUGUCCCUCCAUACCAAAGCCUCCCUUACUGGCCCCUGGUCAGAUUCCCAAUGGCAAAGGUCACUUGUCAGUCCUUUCGGACAAGAAGCAGGACAGCAGCAACAGCAGCAGUGCCAGUAGCAGACGCCACAUUAACAAGAAAGUGACAGAGCGUGAGUUCAAUCCAGAUAUUCACUGUGGAGUUGUGGAUAUGACAGCUCGGAAAACCUGCACAAGAUCCCUAACAUGCAAGACACAUUCCUUGAGCCAGCGGAGGGCAGUGCCAGGGCGGAGGAAACGCUUUGAUACAUUGCUGGCAGAGCACAAGAAUAGAACAAAGGAACGGGAGCGAGAACUCCACCAAACCCAUUCCCAACAACCUCCCCCUCUCAGGGACCCACACCCCUCCAUCAAUCUCCCCACUUCUUAUGAUGUCCAUCCGGUGGCUCAUGGCAACGGCCCCGCCCCAGAGGCCAACAAGAUUCUGCCAUCCAACAAACCUAAAUUUCACAGUACUGGUCUUCCACGAUUAAAUAACACGCAUGGGGCUGGUACCACUACAGACCCUGCAAUAGUCCAUGAGUCACCACACCAGCCCCAAAAUACUCUCGAAGGAUUUUCUCGAGCCUCUAGUGAUGAGGGAGAGAAUGAGGAGCGCGAGGAGAACGCUGACAAACUGCACUGUCACUAUUCAGGUUAUCACCCUCGACCGGUAGCUUACUGUACUUUUGGAAGUCGACUGUUUGGGAGAGGUUGUUACUCCUUUGACAGACGAUGGGAUAGAAUGCGAUGUGCCGUCUCUACAAUGAUGGACAAGCACGUCAACUCGCAGAUGUGGAAGAAAAUUCCCCUGGCCUCAGAAAACAGCUCUUCCUUAGCACCUCCCCAUAGGACAAGCACAAAUUCCCCCGGUAGCACCCCGUCUUCAGGCUUCCUUGGUCCACCUGCCACCAUGCCUCUGACUCCCUAUAGCCAAUCCUUCGAGGGCAAGCCUGUGCUCUCCUAUGGGACUACCUUAAAUGCCCGCAGCUCUGCGCAGGGAGGGCCUGAGCACCCGGCCUAUGGCACCACACAGGCCCGACAAGUGUCUUCGUCGCCGCAGAUGCCUUCAGCCCACUUGUCUUCAUCCACCUCUCCUUUAGCCCCUUCACUCGCCUCAGGCCGGGCGCUUAAGUCCCGUCCCUCCAGCAGCAGCACGACCAAGUCAUCGUCCUUCAGGCCCAAGGAGGUCUCCACUGGCUCCUCCACACCCACCAUCCCAACCUCAGUCAGCAUGGGCAGUAGCAGUAGCAGUACCAGCCUCAGCUCGGGAAAGAAGAGGAAGAACAGCUCUAUCCUCUCAUCGUCCCAUAGCUCCUCAGAACCUGCUAAUGCCAACUAUUCUCCCUCAUCUUCUUUCAAAAAGAACUGUGCAAAUGCCGGCAGCUCAGGAAGCACCUACCACCACAGCUCACUAGGGUCUUCAUCCUCAUCGUUAUCCUCCUCUAACAGUGGAGUACACAGUGUGGGCCUCAACUGUGGUCCCAGCGUGCGCACGAACUCGCUCAGCCUCAAGGCUGAACCUUCCGCAGGGUCAGCAGGUGGCUCCUCGGGCCCCCCGGCACGAGGUCCUCCCUCGGGCAGCCCCGCCGAGUCCAUUAAGCGUAUGAGUGUGGUGAUGAACAGUAGUGACUCCACCCUCUCCCUGGGGCCUUUUGUCCACCACCAGUCUUCAACGGACCACCAUACCAGCUUUAGCCACCACUCCUCAGACGGGCGCCUGGAAGGCAAAAAGCGCAAAAGCUCCCCUGCCUCCAGCGGCAUUAAUAGUGGCACUGGGGGAGGUGGACUUGGUGGAGGUGGGGGUCCUGGACCGGGUAGACCCAAGGUGUCCAAGUCGCCUGCCAUUAACAACAUCCACGGGAAGCACGGGCGGAACAUUCCAGGGACACCGGGGCUAACAAACAAUUCCCAUUUACAUCAGCCAAAGGCUCGUCCCUGACAGUGGUCUCAGCCCGCAGAGUGUGUGGAUGCGGCGUGAUGAUGGGGGAACAGUCUGGAGUAAUCUACUCUGGACCGUAAGAGGCCUUCUAAAACGAAAACCCACACUACUCUCAGUUCACCACAAUCCUCAGGUUGGAGAUGAUCUGGACUGCCUAGCGAAGUCAAAUGUCCAUACAAUUUUCUCCAAAAGCCAUGUCUGUUGGAGGGUGGGGGACAAGCGGUGCUCAAUGGGGGUUCACCAUGCACCAAGCGGGCCGCGGAUGUCCGUAAGCUUGGUAUUGUCCCAGUAUUCUGAGUGGUCUUCCAGAGGGUCGCGGCGCAGGAGAAAGGAGAGCGACAGCCAUGAGUCUCCAGGGUGCACUUUGGUUCUGGUCAAGGGCUCUUGUGAGCUCUGUGGCCACAAGCUGAGCAAGAGGGGAGACAAUGAGCCGAUCUCUUCCUUAUGUGUGUGAGUGUUCUUCAGUGUGUAUAGCAAGCCAUUUGAGCAUUUACUCAACAUUCGACAUGGACGCUGAAUUUUCCGUGCAUCACUGGUAAAACAAUUCUUCACACAUGUAUAAAAAAACUGUCAAAUACUCUCUAGAUUUUUGCAUACUUAAUGAAUGAGUAAGGCACCUUUGUAGCACAACUACAUCUCUAGGGAAGUGCUCUACAAUAAGUAAUAGAAUUUGAUCAUGUAGCUUUUCAUGCUAGUUUUGCUUUAGUAGUACUAGUACAAAUGUGCCUUAGUCUUUCUGCUAGUCUGCAGAAAUGAAAUGACAGUGUUUCCAUUUCUGUACUCUAGUAAAACUUACUAGACCUUACCAGUGAGGCAAAACUGCAUUAGUUGACAUCUCUGUGCCAAAAAGUGACCAAAUAAGUAUACUCUUUAUAAUUGCUAUAGCUCCACCAGCAAUACUAGUAAAGAACAUAUCUCUUACUUAGUGAUAUUUGUCCCAUAAGACAGUUCUGUGAGCUUGUUGACAUCUCUAGGUUGCUCGAACAACUAAUGACAUCAAAAUUCUACUAGUGUAGUUAAUAACUAGUACUUAAGCAGCAGUACUAGUUCUUGCACAGGUAUCAGCUUUUCCUAACUAUUUACAUUUUUCUACUACUUAAACAAUUUGUAUAUUUUACUACUAAAUAAAUAAAUAAAUAAAUCACAUUUCAGGCACUUCAAUAGAUUGGUCAGCGAUACAAUAUUUGCCGAUAUUACAAAGUCUCCAACAAUUAAAAUUUGAGUCAUCGGUUUUUAAUCGAUUUGAUAUGUACACAUCUAACACAGUUAAUUUCGCCUAAAGCAAUAAAAAACACCGAGUAACUUAACAGUUUUGACAAUUUCAAUGAUAGCCAUUCUUUUGAACAAAAGAAAAUACGGUGUGGCAAAUAAGUAUUUAGUUAACCACUAAUCGUGCAAGUUCUCCCACUUCAAAAUAUUAGAGAGGCCUGUAAUCGUCAACAUGGGUAAACCUCAACCAUGAGAGACAGAAUGCGGAAAAAAACCCCAGAAAAUCACAUUGUUCAAUUUUUAAAGAAUUUAUUUGCAAAUCAUGGUGGAAAAUAAGUAUUUGGUCAAUACCAAAAGUUCAUCUCAAUACUUUGUUAUGUACCCUUUGUUGGCAAUAACGGAGGCCAAACGUUUUCUGUAACUCUUCACAAGCUUUUUACAUACUGUUGCUGGUAUUUUGGCCCAUUCCUCCAUGCAGAUCUCCUCUAGAGCAGUGAUGUUUUGGGGCUGUCGUUGGGCAACAUGGACUUUCAACUCCCUCCACAGAUUUUCUAUGGGGUGAGAUCUGGAGACUGGCUAGGCCACUCCAGGACCUUGAAAUGCUUCUUACGAAGCCACUCCUUUGUAGCCCUGGCUGCGUGUUUGUGAUCAUUGUCAUGCUGAAAGACCCAGCCACGUCUCAUCUUCAAUGCCCUAGCUGAUGGAAGAUUUUCACUCAAAAUCUCUCGAUACAUGGCCCCAUUCAUUCUUUCCUUUACACAGAUCAGUCGUUCUGGACCCUUUGCAGAAAAACAGCCCCAAAGCAUGAUGUUUCCACCCCCAUGCUUCACAGUGGGUAUGGUGUUCUUCGGAUGCAAUUCAGUAUUCUUUCUCCUCCAAACACGAGAACCUGUGUUUCUACCAAAAGUUCUAUUUUGGUUUCAUCUGACCAGAACACAUUCUCCCAGUCCUCUUCUGGAUCAUCCAAAUGCUCUGUAGCGAACCGCAGAUGAGCCUGGACGUGUACUGGCUUCAGCAGGGGGACACGUCUGACAGUGCAGGAGUCCCUGGCGGCGCAUUGUGUUACUGAUAGUAGCCAUUGUUACUGUGGUCACAGCUCUCUGUAGGUCAUUCACUAGGUCCUCCCGUGUGGUUCUGGGAUUUUUGCUCACCGUUCUUAUCAUUUUGACGCCACGGGGUGAGAUCUUGCAUGGAGCCCCAGAUCGAGGGAGAUUAUCGGUGGUCUUGUAUGUCUUCCAUUUUCUAAUAAUUGCUCCCACAGUUGAUUUCUUUACACCAAGUGUUUUACCUAUUGCAGAUUCAGUCUUCCCAGCCCGGUGCAGGUCUACAAUUUUGUCUCUGGUGUCCUUCGACAGCUCUUUGGUCUUGGCCAUAGUGGAGUUUGGAGUGUGACUGCCUGAGUUUGUGGACAGGUGUCUUUAAUAAUAAUGAGUUAAAACAGGUGCCAUUAAUACAGUUAACGAGUGGAGCCUUGUUAGACCUCGUUAAAAGAAGUUAGAUCUGACAGCCAGAAAUCUUGCCUGUCUGUAGGUGACCAAAUACUUAUUUUCCACUCUAAUUUGGAAAUAAAUUGUUUAAAAAUCAAACAAUGUGAUUUUCAGUUGUUUUUUUUUUUCCCCACAUUCUGUCUCUCGUGGUUGAGGUUUACCCAUGUUGACAAUUACAGGCCUCUCUAAUCCUUUCAAGUAGGAGAACUUGCGCAAUUGUUGGUUGAAUAAGUACUUAUUUGCCCCACUGUAUCUAAACGAGGAUAUUGAAUAAUGUUUUGUGUUUCAAUCGAUUUGAUUCGAUCGGCGCCAAACCAAUCACUAUAUUGAUACGAAUCCAUGUAUAGUUAUACUAGUAGCACUGAUAGUGUGUGUGUCAACUACUGCAGUGUUGCUUGUCAAGUAGUUGUGCUGUGUAUUUCUUUAUCACAGUGUUGGAUUGUCUUACUUGUGAGGACCAAGAACAUACUACUUCACGGACAUUUCAGCGUUUUAGUGAGAUAUCGAAUGAAUGUUCAAACGGUUUUCCCAUGUUUGUAUGCGCGAAAGAAGAGUCUAUUGAGUAUUUUACUCGUGAGCUUCUGCUGGACUACUGGAAUUUAAGACUCAAUUUCACCCCCAGCGCCUGAUCUCAGAAACCUUGGAAGGAGAACAGGAAGAGCAGCAAACGUGCUUGCUUCUCUUUAAGACACUCGAUCACCUUGUUUCAUGCUUCUUCAGUCAGACUCUGCUUACUCGUUUGUGGGCGACGUGUGGUAGCUUGAGAAGGGCCGGUUUUAUUUUAGUGCCCCAAAGAAUUAUGCAAGUGUUACCUUAUUCUGACUUUUUUCUGAGCUUUUACACUGUACUACAAAGAGUCUUCGUAUAUGUGGUUGAGAAGGGUUGCGUUUUCAAAUGUGAAAGGGUCACCUGACGUGCCCUCUCGCUUGAGUCUUUGUCUAUUGAGACAGAUUUGAACAGAUUUUCAGAACCUUUUUCAUGUGCAGAAUGAUAGCCACAGUAGACCUGCUCCCCAACUGUGAACAGCACUAAAUAACUUCUGUCUCCACAGGCAAUGCUUAUUUGAUAACUAAGCUCGCCAAAAGCUGCUACUUUUGUGUCUUUUACCAACUUUUAGUUGGGCAGUUGAGUCGGUGAAGUGUUUGAAGUUGCAUUGCCUGUGUAGAUAUCAAGAAUCUGUGCAAAUCGUAUUAUUGCCGCAAGCUUUUCUGAUAAAUAUCACAAUUACUGUGGGAGAUCCACAACUGCCUGUGGACCGAUGUGAAUUGUAAUGUUUUUUUUUUUCCUUCUUCCUACAUAGAGAAUCAGGUAUGGUACGUCUUAACUGGAGCAAACUUUAUGCAUGUCAGCUGUCUUCUGUGGGUGUUUUGUCCCUCUUGUGUGUUAAGCAGGACCCAAAACCCUGGAUAUUGAGUUGUGAUGCCUCUGCGCAUUGCUUGGCCUGUGUCGGGUGAGAAGCCUUGUACUUUGAAUUCCUUGAGUGAAAAUAAGUCCGAAAUCAGGCAAUACUCUGCACUCUCAGUGGGAUGUUUGCUUCUUUUGAGCAGUUUCAAGUUGGGUUUGUAGUGUAAGAUUCAUGCAGAUGGCUUCACAGGACAUAUUUUAACAUUUGGCAACACCAGUUGAUACCUGGAAACCUCCACUGAUGUCAGUCAAGAGUGGAAAGUAGAUUUUCAAACAACUCUAGCCUCCCGUGCCCCCUCAUAGCUUAUGUAGUUAACAAAAAAAUAUUUUGUUAUGAAAUUGUACAUAAAUGAAACGUGUAUUUUUGCACAAGCAUUUUUUGUACACGCAGGAAUUUUUGGGUACCGUUUCGAAGAGUCGUUAUUUAUUUAGGAAGCCAGAAUUUGAUUAUUUCAAGUGUUUCACUGCCAAGUCUAUAUAAUGCAAUACAUGGAUACAGUUAUGUGUAGAAGCCUCUCAUGAAUCAUGUACUGAAAGUCUCUUAAGGGACAAAGGUGAAGUGUUUUUCCACUGUAGCAUGUGUCUGUCAGCGAAUACCUUUAUUCACUUUUCAAGGUCUCAAAUCACAUGUGCUUUUACAACACAUAUUUUGUUGCCUAUGAAUCAACACAACUAAUGUACCUGUGCGACCCAAUCAGCCUGUGACGGACAGGCUAGCGUUCCGCAGGCUUUGUCGCGAUGGACCCGCCAGUCAUACACUUUACCUUAAAACACGUUCCUUCCUUGGUUGUUGUUAUAGAAGGCUGAAGCGGACUAACAGUCAUAGCUUGCAUUGUCAUUGCCAAACAAGUAAUUUGAAUCACAGCUUUUCAAAGAAAUAUCAAAUUAAGAAAGUGCCUGAAUUUGUUUCACCCUGACUGUUUUAGGACAGUGUUGUCAGGUUUUUAUUUUCUACCUUACUUGAAUGUUCUAAAGUGUUAAUCUGCCUAUGGACCCUAAAUGUGGUACAAAACCUGAGCUUGCCAGCUGCCCAGUAUCAAACAGUAGUAGUGUUUGUAUUCAGUGAGACUGACAAUACGCUAACAUUUCCUGUCAUCUGUGUGUGUGUGGCUCAAGCCUCUGGUUUACUGGCCGUUGUACAUUACAACAUUCAAUCUGGUUCUUUGUUUACCUUUAAACUCCACUGACAUCUCAACUGAAGUUUCCAUCAGGUGGAAAUAUGAGGAAUUUAUUAUUUUUUAAAUAGAACCAUAGACUUGGAAUGUGAACGCAAGAGUACAGCUAAUGUCUGGGGGGUAAAACCACCCUUCACACGGCAAGAAGCCUGUAGAUUUUUUUUAUGAGCAAAUCAUUUUCAGCUAGACUUUAUGUAUUGGCUGCUAUGUAAUUCAUGAACAAAACAUAGGUUAGAAGUAAUAUUUAAAGAAGAAAAGAUUGUAUAGUAUAUUUGUUUUGUAACAAGGUCUGUAAAUAAAAUAAUUU